UCAUCUUCAUAAUCUCCUCCAGCAGCAGCAGCAGCAGAGCGACGUGGACCGUCCCGGAGCGCAGAGGAUGAAGCGAACAACUUUCCUGCUGGUGUUUGGAUUCUUCCUGAGCGUCUGCCAGGCUCAGCCGGACGCGGUCGCCGAGGAGACGGGAGGCGAGGAGGAACAUGUGGAGCUCUUCACGACGCCAACGACAAAGAUGGCCGCCGCCACCUCGGACUUCGGCUACAACCUCUUCCGAGCUUUGGCGAGUCGCGAAACCGGAACCAACAUCUUCCUGUCUCCGAUCAGCGUGUCGGCGGCGCUGACUCAGCUGUCCAUGGGAGGCUCGGAGGCGGCUGAGCGGCAGCUUCAUCGGGCUCUGAGGUAUCACAACCUGCAGGACCAGCAGCUCCACAACACCCUCAAGGAGCUGCUGGCCGCCGUCCGGGCGCCUGGGAAAGGCCUGAGCAGCGCCGCCCGGCUCUACCUGGCCCGACGUCUCCGUCUGAAGCAGGACUUCUUCGCGCUGGUGGAGCAGCAGUACGGCGUCCGGCCCAAAGCGCUGCUGGGCGGAGCCAAAGACGUGAAGGAGAUCAACGAUUGGGUGUCUCAGGAGACGGGCGGGAAGGUGCAGCGCCUCCUGUCCAAGCCCCUCCCACGAAACUCGGGCGUCAACACCGUCAGCGCCGCCUACUUCAAAGGGAAGUGGGUGACUCGCUUCAGCCAGAGCGGCGGGCUGGAGAGCUUCCAGGUGGACGGAGCGGCACCGGUCCGAGUUCCCGUGAUGCAGCAGGACAACUACCCCGUGAAGAUGGGCGCCGACUCCGACCUGAGCUGCACGAUCGCUCAGAUACAGAUGCAGGACGACGUCAGCAUGUUCGUGUUCCUGCCGGACGACGUGACGGCCAACAUGACGCUGCUGGAGGAGAGUCUGACCGCCGAGUUCGUCCAGGAUCUGUCCAUGACGCUGCUUCCCGCCCAGGUGUCGCUGACGCUGCCCUCCCUGAGGCUCAGCUACUCCACCGACCUGCUGCCGCUGCUCGGCGACCUCGGCCUCUCUGAUUGGCUCAACAACCCAGACAUGGAGAAGAUCUCGGCUCAGCCCGCCAAGCUCAGCAGCGUCAAUCACAAGGUCGUCAUGGAGACGGUGCCCGAGGGAAACCAGUACCCGGCGACCACCACGACGCCCAGCCACCUGACGUACCGAGUGGACCGACCCUUCCUCUACCUGAUCCGGGAUGAGGCGUCGGGGGCGCUGCUGUUCAUCGGCCGGGUGGUGAACCCCAAAGACCUGCGGAUGUAACUCGUCCUCACUUCUGUCUCUUAGCAGGUCCUAGGAGGGAUUCAGGUGUUUGGCAGGAGUGGGCGAAGAUGUUUGAUUCUGGUUUGAUUUUUACUUUUCAUGUUGAAAUCAUGUUAAUCUGACGGGAAACACGCUGACGAUGCUCCGGAUUGUUUUCUAAGAAAUCAAAUAUUGUCAUCGGUGUCAAAAAAAAAGAAAAGAAAUAAACGUGACGAUGAAGCCAAA